AUGGCAAGGGGCAAUCACACGGUGACCGAGUUCAUCCUGCUGGGCUUCACAUCGGACCCCGUGACGCAGCGGGUGCUCUUCGCCCUCUUCCUUGGGGUGUACUCUGCGACCUUGCUAGGAAACAGCACCCUCAUGGUGCUGAUCUGCAGUGACGCCCGGCUGCACACUCCCAUGUACUUUUUCAUCGGAAAUCUGUCUUUCCUGGACCUCUGGUAUUCUUCUGUCUACACCCCGAAGAUCCUAGUGACCUGCAUCUCUGAAGACAAAAGCAUCUCCUUUGCUGGCUGCCUCGCUCAGUUCUUCUUCUCAGCCGGGCUGGCCUACACUGAGUGCUACCUGCUGGCCGCCAUGGCCUAUGACCGCUACGUGGCCAUCUCCAGCCCCCUGCUUUAUGCCCAGGCCAUGACAAGGAGACUGUGCAUCUGUCUGGUUGUGUACUCCUACACUGGGGGGUUCGUCAAUGCGGUUAUCUUAACCAGCAACACGUUCACACUGGAUUUCUGUGGAGACAAUGUCAUUGAUGACUUUUUCUGCGAUGUCCCACCCCUGGUAAAGUUAGCGUGUGAUGUGACGGACAGCUACCAAUGCGUUUUGUACUUCCUGUUGGCCUCCAACGUCAUCGCCCCCACCCUGCUCAUCCUGGCCUCCUACCUCUUCAUCAUCGCCGCCGUCUUGAGGAUCCGCUCCGCCCAGGGCCGCCUCAAGGCCUUCUCCACGUGCUCCUCCCACCUCAUCUCCGUCACCCUGUACUACGGCUCCAUCCUCUACGUCUACUCUCGCCCCAGUUCCAGCUACUCCCUUGAGAGGGACAAGAUGGUUUCCACCUUUUAUACCGUGCUGUUCCCCAUGCUGAACCCCAUGAUCUACAGUCUGAGGAAUAAGGACGUGAAAGAAGCCCUGAAAAAACUCUUUAAUUUAGCACAGGCUGGUGUUUGA